UUGUGAAAAUGUCAGAAUAGCUAUUGUACUUUGUUACUGAAGUACAAAAAAGAAUAAGGAAGUUAUCUAUGUUACAUUGUCAGUAAAUGUUCUGGUAUUAAUAAUAACAUCACUGGUGUUUGACAACUGAAGUAUAAAAGAAUGAGGAAGUCUCUGAGCAGUCACAAAAAAGGAACACACACUGUCACAUUGUCAGAUAAGCAGAGUUGCGUGCACUCCACCAGAGGACCAAAACAAAUCAGCACCUGCCUUUGUAUGAGUUUUUUUUAAGUCUGAGUUUUGUUAAAGCUUUGCUCUCUUUAAAGUCCCAAUGGAUGCUGCUGUGAAUCGGCCAACCCGUCCACACUCUUUAGACAGUGUAAGAAGACUGUCUACCCAAGGCUGCUCUGAGAACACCCUGAAGUUUAUUUGUGAGUUUAAGCCUGGUGACGAGGAUCAAGAUAUCAGCAUGGGCUGCGAGCCGAUAUCAGUCACCCUCCCUGCACAGUGCAGUGUCUACCAAUUGAGGCUACGCAUCUGUAUGGAGGCGCAGGAGCAAAACUGCCACCCAGACCCUUUUGCAAUAUUGGACCCCGAGAAAUACAGCCUGCUCUAUGCCAGGGGUGGCGACUGGUAUGAAGCCUACGAUGACUGUCAGGUUAUCAGGACAUUAGACAUUCCAUGGUCACGUAAUGACCCUCAUUGCCUAUCAGCACACAUAAUAGUAAAACCGCCUGUGGCAGUUGAUCCAGAGGAGAACGAGAAACAACAGCAGUGCCUGACUUAUCUGAUCGGACAUGACCUGGAGAAAGAAGCAUCUGAUAGACUUGGUGAGCUCACCUUCACCCGUCGGAAACUCGCAUCUGCUAGGAAACAAGAGCUGAAGAAACGGGAUGACAAGUUGUAUGCCACAGAGCCUUGGGUAACGCAUACCGCCUUACCAGAAGAACUACAAGAAUGGCGGAACAGAGACUUUCCUGUCACCUUUCACUACAUAAGCAGGAUCAGCUUCAGCAUAAAGGCUGAACUCAACACAACACCAGAACUUCUUCUUAAAGUUUUUGAAAGGGUGAUGAAUGACCGAGGGCUUAAAUAUGAUAGCCCUGAUAGUCUCGUGUUGAAAGUUGCAGGCAGGGAGGAGUUUUUAACUGGAGACUACGCCCUGAACGAUUUCCUCUGGGUGCGACAGUGCUUGAAAACCAACCAAGAGCUCCACCUCUUUGUUGUCCCAGUGUCGCAGCUUCCCUCGGAGGCUGUCAAAUUUGUGGACUGGCCACUUGUUGAUGGUUUUAGUGGCCAGUUCAGUUCCCACAAUGAUCUCAGCCUUAAAGGGAAGGAUUUGGAUGACAUCUUCAUGAUAUCCUUGUGGGACUGCAACAGAAAUUUCAGAGUCAAAUUGCUUGGAUUUGAUAUCCCACAACUUCCAAGCAAAUGUCCUCAGUCUGUUUAUGUUGAAGCAUCUAUACUCCAUGGUAACAAGGUCCUCUCUUCAGUGUCCUCCAUUCCCAAGCCCUUUUCAGAUGAAGUGCUGUGGAAUGAGUGGCUGGACUUUGAUGUUCUCCUUAGGGAUCUGCCACGUGGAGCUAAGCUGGGUCUCACUAUUAACGAAAGUCCUAGUGACAUGUCUGCAGCAACAAGGGACCAAAGGCAGGCACUGAGCAAAGAGGCAAAAGUGUCAUCGCCUUCAACCAACAAAACAAUAGACUUGCUGAAAGGGAGAGGAAAAGUGCUCUACUUUGUCAACCUACUCCUCAUAGAUCACAGGUCUGUUCUGAGCCAGGGGCCCUACACACUGCACAUGUGGUCACACCCUGGCCUGGAUGAUGAGGCCAUCACCUACCAAGCAGACAAGCUGUCAACUGCUACUAACCCAGACAUAGCUGACUCCAUGGCUAUCAGCUUCCUUUUAGACCGCUACAGCUUCCCCGUGGUUGUCCCAAAUACUUUUACUAACUCUGAAUGUUCCGACUCCAGAGAACGAGAGACUCAUAAAUCUCAUGUCCCCCCACCCUUGCCUAUCAAAAGAUAUUCUUUGCCAGCAAACCCACUGACUGAUAAUGUAACUCUCAAAUCCCCAACUACAGCCAUCAACACCAAAAAGCCAUGCCUCAGAAGGUUUCGGGAGGAGAGUGUCCGCUAUGCCUCCAGUCUACCCCAGUACUUGCGUAAUGUUGACUGGAUGAACCGCAAUUCGGUUGAAGAUAUCCACUGGCUACUGGGAUACUGGCAACCUGAGGAACUGGAUGUAACAGUGGCAUUGGAGCUACUAAGCAUGGAUUUUGCAGACGAGUUUGUCAGGAGACUGGCAGUGAAGAGACUGGAGAGCCUGUCUAAUGAUGAUGUGCUGAAGUAUUUGCUUCAGCUCGUGCAGAUCCUAAAAGUGGAACCUUACCAUGAUAGUUUCCUUGCUCGGUACCUCAUCCAAAGAGCUCUGCGGAGCAAAAGAAUCGGACACUUCUUCUUCUGGUACGUCCGCAGUGAGGUAGCAGGGUGCCCGUAUUUCCGACAGCGCAUGGCUGUGAUUCUGGAGGCCUACCUGCUGGGCUGUGGUCAGGCCAUGCUCGACAGCUUCACCCAGCAAGUCCAGGCGGUGGAGGCACUGCAGGAUGUCGCUGUCAUCAUUAAAAACCUGUACCCUGACAAGACCAACCUUGAUUCUACAACUCCCCUCCGGCUUCAGGAACUUCUUAGAGACAGUAACCUGCCAAAUGAAUUCUUGCUGCCCUUUGACCCUCGUAUUAAAUGUGGAAGGAUCCUGCUCGAUAAAUGCAAAGUAAUGGCCUCAAAGAAGAAGCCUCUGUGGCUGGAGUUCUCUCCCAUGCCAUCGCCUACCUCCGCCACACCUGUUGGAAUAAUCUUCAAAGAGGGGGAUGACCUCAGACAGGAUAUGCUGGUCAUUCAGGCACUGGUGCUGAUGGACUCCAUCUGGAAGGAGAAAUCCCUGGACCUCAAUCUUGUUCCAUAUGGCUGCAUCUCCACUGGACACAACAUAGGUAUGAUUGAGAUUGUGAGGAAUGCAACAACGAUCGCUGCGGUCCAGAGGAGCCAAGGAGGAGCAACUGGAGCCUUCAAAAACAAUGCCCUGUUUGAGUGGCUCAAGUCCAAGUGUCCACUCCAGGAAAUUCACUUCAAGAACGUGGAGAGAUUUGUGAAUUCCUGUGCUGGUUACUGUGUGGCCACAUAUGUACUGGGUAUAGGCGAUCGACACAAUGACAACAUCAUGAUCACAGAAGACGGGAACUUGUUUCACAUUGACUUCGGACACAUCCUGGGUAACAGGAAGCACUUUCUUGGCGUGAAAAGGGAGCGAGCACCUUUUGUCCUCACACCUGACUUCCUGUAUGUCAUGGGCAGGGUUGAUGGUCGCAACAGCCUCUACUUUCAGCACUUUAGGGACACCUGCACAGAAGCAUACCUCUCCCUGCGCUCCCACUCUCGUCUGUUGGUGACUCUUUUCUCCCUCAUGCUGCUCACGGGCAUCCCAGAGCUGAGUGCUGCAGAGGAUAUGCGCUACUUGCGGGUGGCGCUCCAGGAGGAGCAGAAUGAGGCAGAUGCCAGGGAGCACUUUCUCCAACAAAUCUCUGAGUGUGAGAAGCUGGGCUGGACUGUGCAGGCCAACUUCUGGAUCCACAUGAUGGGAGGCAUCAAGUAGACUAACACAUUCUGCUCUGCCUUAAAAAUAAGUGAACAUUUUUCUGUGGAAGCUUUUUAGUUUUACAGAAGGUGUAUUUUUUAUAUUUAUGUAAUAUCACUGACCCUUGGGCUGUUUUUACAGGAAGUAAGGGGGUGGAAAACUGUUGUGCAUAAACAAUGUACAUCUGUCAUAAUUACAGUGCAAAUACUUAGAAUCUGCUGUUGAUUGUAAAUUGUAACAUCUGUAGAAGGGUUAUAAUUCUCAUAUAAUACUCAAAUAAAAACUAGGCUCUAAAAAAGAAAAACUGAAAGCAUAUGGUGUACUUAGAAAUAUGACCACCAAUAAAAUAAAAAUACAGUUUAGUUUUAGUCUAUGUCAGUUUGGUAGACAUGUUUAUUGAGACUAGAGACAAACUGAUUUUUAAAACCCGUACCAAUACCAUUAGUUUCUGAUUUAUAAACCCAAUAUAUUGGCAGAUUUUUUUUUUUUCAUGCAAACAAACCGCAAACAGAUUUCCCUAACAUUUGUUAUGUGGAUUUAUAUAUGACGCUUUACUGUAAUGAUAAUGCAGUUAAAAAUUAAUCUUGUUUUAAUGUCAUAACAAGUCAUGGAUUACUUGUUUACUCUUGUUUUUUUCUCUUUUGAUUUGUGGUGUACCAAACACAUGUUGCCAAGGAAAGUUUCACAAGGCGAACUGAUAGGCAAACUAUGCAACAUCAGCACUCAUAACAUAGCUGAAGCGCCAGUGAUUAUAAAUGCUGAUGUCAAUAUUGGCAAAUAGCUAAUCAAUAUCAGCCAGGCUCUAGUUGAGACUUUACAUGUUUGUGAGUCAUAGAGUGGUGUGUUUGUAUUGUAAUCUGUAUUCUGACAAAAAGUUUGUGAUGUGAUGUAGUGGCGCUCAUGCUGUACAUGCCCCUUCCCUCCCCUUCCCUACUUUGAUUGCCUUUGUGUUAAUAUUCCAUCUUUUUCUCCAAGUCCUUUGUCAGUCUGUCUGUCUUCACAUUCUUGUGUUGUCCUAGAUUCCUGUUCUGUUUGUACCAACCUUUUGAUGUUACUUUUAAACUUUUGUCACAAUAAAAAAAUUAAGAAUAAACUUCUGAAAACUAACAACUUUGUAAUGAUUACGUGGACUUCUAUUACCCUUUGAAAGACAAAACUCUGUCUUCUCUGUAAUACUCAUUUUUGAGGUUGAAUGCAUCAUUGGUUGACUGAGAGCAUUGUAGUUGUCAAACCAGAUGAAGACUAAGAUAUUGCAAUUUGCAUAUCAACUAUACUUGCUGUAUCAAGAGCCCACAACAAUGUAAGCAGUGGUAAAUUCCAGUCCACAGACUGUCCAGUGGGAUGAUGGGACUGGCAGUUGUCAGGCAUUAACAACUGUUUAGUUGUUAUAGUUUUAUAUAUUUUAAUAUUGAUAUUUAUAAUAUUUUAAUAUUGAUCAGAUCUCUGAAUGGAGGAGCAGGUCACUGUAGUUGUUCCCAACUGAGAUAUAUGUGGGUAUGAAUAAAUGAUAAGUUAGAUUACUUUUCUACAGUCUGAAUUGUUUGGUAACAUUUGAUGUAUUCGUAUGUGUUGCUUUUAUCAUAAUUUAUGCAUUCUGCCUUUGCAUGUAACUAUAUUCUACUUAUAUCUAUACUGCAUUUGUUCUCUAUUCUGUUCAUCCUUUAGUAAAGACUCUUUUUACUUUUUCUCUUUUUCAUCUAAUGUUUUUUCUUUGCUUCUCACAUUGUUGUAGUUUUUUUUAGCUGAUACAUAAACAAAUGUAAUAGCUGCAAAGAUAGUCCUUGAUAUUAACUAUAUGGCUAUAUUUAAUAUAACUAUAUUUCUUAAUCUUUCUCUUUUCAUCUCACAUGGAGUAGUGGGCUGGGCUUCACCAUCACGUCUGCUUUCACUUCAAAUCAUCAGUCUUGCAGUAUUUAAGAUCGGCUAAUGCUUCUACACCUUUCCAGAUUAUUAUAGUGUAGUGUUGAAUUUCCUGUGACUGCUGGCUGAAAUAAUGUCUUUGGCUUCUUCAUCACAAGACUUGCCUCUAAAUUUAAGCUGGUCACCUGCUAGGGAAGAAAACUAUACAUAGCACUGCUCACUUGCAUGGCUGCUCUUAACUGCUCCAUUUACUUCUGGAUUCCUCCAGAUGGCUGCACAAUAAGUAGCAUCCUCACUCUCCUUGACAGUUGUUUUCAAAACUCUUCUGCCACAUGCUUUCACUAACUCAUUUUGGAUAUAAGAGGUCGGAUUAUUAUUUGGGCCUGUUUUUUUGUGCUCACAGCAGGGGAUCACAAUUGGACAGGAUGCACAGUGUGCUGAGAAAAAUUACCAGUAUGGACUCAUCUGAGUCUAUUGCUGUGCAGUGCUAGUUUUCUCUUCAAGAGAAUCUAUUUUUCUCUGUUUGUAUCUGCUUUGUAACUGACUUCAAUCACAGACUGCUGCAAAUGUUUCCAUUUUAAGCAGCAACCUCUGCGUGCCUUAUUCCUCUCAUGGCUCGGAAAUUUUUAUUAUUUAUUACACACUUCACAUCAGACAUUUUGUACCCUGCUGACUAUUCAGUACACUGAGGUUAUUUCAGCUUCCCUUUGUAAGUUUUUUCUCAACUUUCAUACGCCUGUAUUGCUCCUGUAUUGUGUUCUCUGCACCUGUUCCAUUUUUGCACUGAUCAUCACCUGCAUUCAAUCUGUUUAGCACUUUUUAUUUGUAUUUAAGUGUAUUGAAGUAUUUAAGUAUGUCUCACGCAAAGUACAGCAGCAAUUUCCUAAUGUUGUAAAUCUGCUCAACAUUUGGUAAUAAAA